AGUCUGCGGGACACCGAGGACUUCAGCCAGCUUCCCCCGGAGCGGAGGACGCACUCCGGUCGUUUUAUCGCGACGAUCUCCGCUCUGAUUUGAUUUUUUCUUCUUCUUCUUCCCGAUUGAAGGAAAGUUUUGGGAUCCGUGUCUUCAUCGGGAAACUUUCACCUAUGGUUCGUGAAUAUGGAGCCAAGUUGCUGUUUCUCUCCGGGAAACGUCGCUGCGCUGCUGCAGCUGCUGCAGCUGCUGCUGGUCGGAGGAGUGGCGGGGUUGUACUUCCCUCAGAAGGAAUACACUGAGACGGUGUACGUUGGACAGCCGGCGGGGACGCCCGUCCUUCAGGUCCACGCCAUGCUGGACGGCCGGUCCGAGCGGCCGCAUUUCUACCUGUGCGGCAGCAGGCGGCCGCCGUACGCGCUCUGGUUCCAGAUGGACGUCCAGACCGGAGAGCUGUCCCUCAGCAAGACGCUGGAGGAGACGGACUUCGCCUCGCUGUAUCAGAACUCCUGGCCCGCCAAGCGGCUCACUCUCCAAGUCAUGGCUCUAAACAGCGUCAGCAAGCGCGCGCCGUGCUCCAGGAACUCGGCUCACAUCACGCUGGACUUUGUCAACGGUUCGAUGCCGCGCUGCGCCCAGACGGACAUGAAGGAACUCUGCUUCCCGCACAGAGACACAUCCAACCCGCACAUCAUAGAGAACAGGUUCCCUGGGGUUCUCCGCCAACUCCGGCGGCUCACCAGACUCACCGUCUGCCCCAACUACACCAUCGCCUACGGCGUGGAGUCAGAGACUCCUGCUCCGUUCGCCGUGAACGGAAACACCUCCGAGCUGGUGGUGACCGCCCCGCUGGACCGGGAGGAAAGCGAAAACUACAGACUGCUGCUGGUUUGCACGGUCCAAACGGAGAGCGUCGUCACCAAGGUGGAAACUCCGCUGGAUGUCUUCGUGGACGACGAGGACGACAACGCGCCGUACGUCAACGGGACCGACACGGCGGAGGUCGUGAUCAGUUUUAAUCGGACAAAGGGCGCAGCUUUUGGCACCUUGUUUGUCUUUGACAGGGACUUAACCACUUUGUUUCCUAAAGACCUGAGCCACAACAGGUAUGUGGGGACUUUGCUGAGCAGUGAGUCCUGGAUUAAAGACACGUUUGACAUAAAGGGAACUUUCAGUGAACGCAGAGCGUCCCCUGGUGGCAUUCGAGAGUCGGUUUACGAUUACCAGUUGAUCCUGAAGAGGAACCUGGACAUCACGGAGAACCGGACUGUGUUUCUGGAUUAUUUGGUGAAUGACACCACCUAUCCGGGUCUGGAGGGAACGGUGCUGCUGCACUUCAACGUCACCAUCUUACCGGUUCAGAUCCGCUUCGCCAACAUCACACACGUCUUCACGCUGUCACGAAAAGCUUCAAUAUACGCACAGGUUGGCAGAAUCUGUGUGGAAAACUGCCUGGAGUUCGACGGCUUCAGCGUCUCUUACCAGCUGGAGGUUCCGGAUAAAAACAUGUCGUCAGAGCUGCUGUCGUGUUAUUCCGCUAUAAGCAUCACCCAGGCUCCAGACAGGAUGCUGGGACUGUUAUAUGUUAAUAACUCCGGCGCACUGAGCAAGCCGGGCUGCCAGGACCUGGACUACACGGUGGUAGCUCAGGAGGAACAGACUCAGCUGGUCGCCAGCACUCAGAUCCGCAUUUUACUGCACGGUGAAGCAAAUGUCAGUCAGGAGAGCCAGCAGCUGCUGUCCUGCGCAGAGAACAGACAGAGAGACGACUGUGAGGCAUCUCAAGGCCUGGGAGCAACGACUGGGGCGUGUCAGUGGAGGCAAGGCUCUGAGAAAGGAAUAUCUGAAAACUAUUCGACCUGCUCCCCUGACCUGCGAACAUGUCCCGAUAGCGUUUGCGAUGCGGUGGAAAGCAGAGACACUUCGAUUUGUCCGCAGGACUGUACAACGGAAAGUGUAACCGGAGGCCACGAACGAGGCCUGAGUGGGAGCGGCAUCAGAGCCGGCUAUGGGACCUGCUACUGCUUCUCUGAGAAAUGCUUCUGCGAGAACGCGGACGCCGAGGCCGUUGUGUCAAAAAACAGGUUCCCAGACGUGAUAUGUGACGACAUGUGUAAAACCAUCGUUGCCACCGCUCUCCUCUGCUGCUUCAUCAUUUCCGUCCUCCUGUCGUCAUACUUUAUCCACCGGUACCACAAGAACUCACCCAAGGCUCCCAUCGCGUUCGCUGAGAUGACCUUCCGUCGGCCAGCUCAGUCUUACCCCAUCAGCUUCCCUGCCAACAACGUGCGAAGGGGCUCACAGGAAUCCAUAGAGGCAGACACCUUUAAAAUACCUGAGGAUCCAAAGUGGGAGUUUCCUCGUAAAAACCUGGUCCUGGGGAAGACUUUAGGCGAAGGGGAGUUCGGUAAAGUCGUCAAGGCAACGGCGUUCAGACUGAAAGGAAAAGCCGGUUACACCACUGUGGCUGUGAAAAUGCUUAAAGAAAACGCUUCACACACCGAGCUGCGUGACCUCCUGUCCGAGUUCACCCUCCUGAAGCAAGUCAACCACCCACACGUCAUAAAGAUGUACGGCGCGUGCAGCCAGGACGGGCCAUUGUACCUCAUCGUUGAGUACGCCAAAUUUGGGUCGCUCCGUAAUUUCCUGCGUGAGAGCAGGAAAGUUGGUCCCAGCUACAUGGGCAGGGAUGCAAACCGAAACUCCAGCUACCUGGAGAACCCCGAUGACAGGGCGCUGACCAUGGGAGACCUCAUCUCCUUCGCCUGGCAGAUUUCCAGAGGCAUGCAGUACCUGGCAGAAAUGAAGCUCGUUCACAGGGAUCUCGCUGCGCGAAACGUCCUCGUCGCCGAGGGACGAAAAAUGAAGAUCUCCGACUUUGGUUUGUCCCGGGACGUUUAUGAGGAGGAUUCGUAUGUUAAGAGGAGCAAGGGCCGAAUUCCUGUGAAGUGGAUGGCGAUAGAGUCUCUAUUCGAUCACAUUUACACAACUCAAAGCGACGUCUGGUCCUUCGGUGUGCUGCUGUGGGAGAUAGUGACCCUGGGGGGAAACCCGUACCCAGGAAUCGCUCCUGAACGCCUCUUCAACCUCCUCAAGACCGGCUACCGGAUGGAGAGACCAGAGAACUGCUCUGAGGAAAUGUAUAACCUCAUGCUGCGGUGCUGGAAGCAGGAGCCGGACAAGAGGCCGACAUUCUCAGAUAUCAGCAAAGAGCUGGAGAAGAUGAUGGUGAAGAGUCGGGACUACCUGGACCUGGCGGCGUCCACGCCGGCUGACGCCCUGCUGUACGACGACGCCCUCUCCGAAGAGGACACCCCACUAGUGGACUGUAAUAACGCCCCUCUCCCUCGAACCCUUCCCUCCACAUGGAUUGAAAACAAGCUCUAUGGCAUGUCAUACCCCAGCUGGCCCGAGACGAGCCCGGUACCUCUCAACAGACACGAUGCCACUAAUCCGGUCUUUACAAGAUAUGCCAAUGAUAGUGUUUAUGCAAACUGGAUGGCUUUGCCUUCACCCGCUAAAGCUGUGGACAAGCUCGAUAGCUAAAGGCAACGCUGCACUGUAGAAAACAUGGGUAACUGCUAGAUGUAUAUUUAUUUUUCUGAGUUUGUAUUGACCCUUUGCAACUACGUCACUUAAUCACUGGAGGUGCUAUGGUGGACAUCGGAAGUGCAGGAUGGCAGUAGUUCCCACAUGUCUGAACUGGAAGUGAUCAGCAUCAUCUUGGUAGGCAAUCACAUGCAGUUUGAGACCAACACAAAGAAAAUAUGUGGAAACUCUUGAUAGUGUGCAAGAGAAAGAUACAUGAACAAAAUGGCUGCUGUCGGGAAUGACCCAUAUGAGACAGAGUAUAAAAAUAUCUCAGACGAUGUGGACAAGCUCAUACUUAUUAACACAGAAUAAAUGUUCCAAAAGAUUUGUAAAAACGUACGAACUCUUAAGGUUCUGGUGACUGUAAGAGUAAGUAACAUGCAGUAACCACACAUAGGCUACAUUUCUGUUUUAGCUUUAGAUAAAUGCUACAUUAGCUAAUUUUGCCAAUUCAGCAAUAAGUACUACAGUAAAUGUCACUGAUAUUUAUCUUAGUAUUACACAGAGGUGGGUAGUGUAUUCAAAAAAUAGUAAUCGAGUAAUAGUUGUAAUGUACUUAUAUUGUUUAUAAGCUAAACUGAGAGCUAGUUCUAAGCUUAUGGCUUGUUUAUUGUUGUCAUAGCGAUUGCCUAUCAAGAUGGCUGUCAGUCACAAACUUUGCGGAAGUGUGUCUUCACAUGAGAAAUAUGUAUUGAACAGAGCGACUUAAGUUGUUUUCCCAACUUGUUUUGUUGCUGGUUUAUUCAUGUCUGCUUCUUGUUCAAGUCAAGCUAAUUUGCCUGUGAACGUAACACACCUGGUUGGACAGUGGUAUUUACAGAAGUUGGACACAGCUAGUUUAGAGACUGAUGUUUCCUUCCUCUUCAUGUGUUGAUAAAAUUACCAAUUUACCCUGAAUUCACACCACAUAAUUUAUAUCAUAAACAACGUUUCCUCCCUUUAACCGGAGCAGCCUUAAAAACGAGAUGCUAACCAGUUUUUUUCCCCAGACAUGCUAGGCUACAUGACGGUGGGGCAUUUUCUCCAUGGUUACUGAUGGUUAAACCUGUACCUCCUCUAUAAUCCAAUAUUUGAUUGCAUCUUCCUAAUCAUACUUCAUUAUAAAGUUUAUGAUCGUUAAUCUUCUUACCUUGUAAAAAAGUGUUCGCUGCAAAUCCGCCAUUACACCGAGGGCUGCCAGACACGUUUGACAGCCGCCGCAUCUUUCCUCAUUAAAAAUUAUACAACAAAAAUUUACAAGUUUAGAUUGUAUCCCUGUCUGUUCUUAAAGUGAAAACAAUUAAAUAAGAGCGAUAUUAGGCUACGAGCUUUCUGUUUUUUGAAGCUGUUUCGACGUCCGUCAUGGCAGAGCGGACUGAGCUCCGAACAGCGUGACGUCACAAGCAAAAGGUCAAUACCCGCCAUUUUGUUUGUUUUUAACUGUUUUGUUACUGUUUUUUUCGUUCAGACCAGCCCCACGCUCCUCGUUAUUACCUCACAGGUCAUGCUGACCAAACUGUAUCACUGCAUGACUGUUGUACCAGACUGUAUGUCAGUGUCGAUGUCUUUUAAGUGCCUGUGCUGCUUUCUACGACGGCCUCCAGCUGAUUAUGAGGUUCCUGUUUCAGCCCAGGAGAUUCAGAAGAAACCCAACAACAAAAAAACGUUUUCAUAACUGGAUUGUUUUGUCCUGAAACUCACAACACCUGCUUUGUGUUUCAAAGCUUCCAAAGAAAAAUGAAUGCCUGAACUCUUUGUUUUUUCUAACUUUUCUCCUCGGUUUUUACUAAAACUGACACUAGAGGGAGGGCUGGUCCAAUCAGAGGAGACGAGGCUUAAUGGCGGCUCAGCGCACAUCCUGUGUCUCAUUAACAUUCUCCGUCAUAAUUAUGUAAAGCAAUGUGUGUUAUUGCUGUUAUGGUAUUUGAUUUUGUUCUGGUUAAUAAAAAAUAAUAACUU